AUGGAUCCUGUUGGGAGCUCCAGGCGGCCCCAAUCCAGCAGAGGAGGGAAAGGAUGCGGGGAAGCUAGCUGGGACCGAAGACGGCGUCCUCGCCUGCGCCGUCGCCGUCGCCGCCUCCAACUUCCUCACCCGUACGAGGUCUGGUCGUUGUUGCCGUUGCCAUGGUGGAGGGGGAACCCAGUGUUCUUCGUCACCGACGCCCGCGUCCUCGGCCUCCUCCACUUCUUCACCCGUGACGCAUGCUUCCAGUCGCUAGACCUGCGAGCGCCGGCGCUGUCGCAGCAGCGGCACGCCGCGCGAGGCCACCGUCAGCGCCGCCACGCCGUGCACGCGCCGCAGCCUCGACGCGGCCUACGGCGACAAGGCGCCGCGCUGGAUCGAGUUCUGGAGCGACGCGGCGUGCGACCGCCGCCGCCGCCGCGACUCGUCCUCCUCAGAGGCGUCCACCGCGUCGCCGCGGUCCUCCGGCAGACCAGGAACCCGCACUGGGUUGACAGCUACCUUGACCGGCUGGGCCACGUCCUGAGGCAGGGUGGGUGGAGGGACACAGAGGUGACUUGA